AUGGCAUCCACUAUCAACAAGAAUGAUACCACUGAACGGAAUCAACAAUCAAUCGAGAACAGCGUAGGCGAUAUGUUGGAUUCAUCAUGCAAGUUGAGUCAGAGCUGGGGGCGUUCGAGAGCUCGACCGGGUUACCAGGACGGUGCCCCUGCACUAGUUGAGCCUCUCACAGAGGAGCAAUACCGGUCGCUCACACGAAUAGGUAACCAGAGAGCUGCAAAUAGGAUGUGUCGGCCAAGACGGUUCACCUAUACACGAGAAGAGAAGCUUUCCGCGAUUCGCUAUUGCAGGGAGGCCAGAUCGUAUGAAUGUCCACCCGUGAACUUGGAUCCAAUUACCAUGGAAGUAGCGGCUCGAAAACUUUCAAUCAGCAAUAAUUUAUUGAGACGGUGGAUGAAAGAUGAGUUCCAGAUAGUCGCCAUGCCCCCUGGAUCUAAAAGGGUCGAUAAACUUCCUAAAGUUCUUCGGGCAGAACCAGUAUUAGCACCACAGGGAGGCACAGGAGAGACAGGAUCUGACGAUGAGAGUUCAAUCGAUGAUGAGGAUCCAAUCGACAAUGAGAGCUCUUCAAUUAAAGCCGAAUUCUUUUAUUAUUUGUAUUUACCCCCAAGACAGCUGAGGGAAGCGUUGAUUUUGAAAGCAUCUGAUCCUAGGCUCCAUACGUUCCGACACCCUAUUCCAUUUAUUGGCAUCGAAACGGGGAGGUUGGGAAGGCUGUAUACAUUUGAAGAUGCAUAUAACUUUUUAGGUUGUCCGAAUAUCCUUUCCCACCCAGGCCAUCUUCUUCCUCCACCUACCGUGUCUAACUCACCAUCAAAUGAGCGGCCUUCGCUGAAUAUCCACGCCGAGAGCACAUACAUGAAUAGUGAAGGUGAAAGCAAGAGUUCUAUCUCUCGAGUCGCCGAUGUCAAUAAGCAACUCUAUGAACUUGCUCCUGGUUUCGAUAUACGAGUGCCAAGUGAUGAUCAUAUGGGCUGCUAUGCCUCAGUUAGACCUUGUUAUGAGGAAGUCAAGAACUGUGUUGCGUUAAUUUGUCGAAGCAUAGUCACUUCAAGUAGUAAGGUGACUUCAGCCCUCCCUGUGCGCAUUGAGCUGGACUAUGAUUGUCCAUAUCCUGGGGCCCCGGCUCAGUGGGCUGUGAUUCUCUCUUUCGGCGAUGAACACCUACUAUUGACCUUGGUAUUGUCGUUGUGGGGUUCUCAGAGUAUGAAUGCAUCUAGGGCAAGCAUCUUAUACCUUCAAGGAUGGACAAUUGACCAUGGAGUCUGCCUUUCUUGGCUAGAACCCGAGGUAAAAGAGUACUACAAGACUAUCGAAAGACUCUUCGAGGUGUUCAGGCUUAGUCCUGUGCUUCACGUGAUGGACGUUGAACCGCUCUUCUUACGGGCUGAAGAGCGCUGGCGCCCACGGAGAUAUACCAGCACAUGGACUCUUUAUACGACUCCAAUCCAUGCGUACAAUGGGGCCAUUAGGUUCUACAGUCCUAUUCAAGGAAGAUACAUGAAUAUUGAACUACUAGUGAACAGCAUUCUCGAGUUGGGCUCGCGGGUUGUUUUUCUGAAAGAUACCGCCCGAAAGCCUUUUCAGCUUUUGAGGCUAGGCGACUUUACAUUAUGUCGGCCUGCAUCGCAACCGUACGACCACCUCUACUCUCUGACAGAGGAACUAAUCGGGGAUUUGAGGCCACGGGGUAUAAAGGUACCGUUUUCUGAUAAAGUGGAAGAUUUCAAUACCAGUGAAGUGAUGCAAGAGGAAGAAGAUUCGAUCACUGAACUGGAGGAUAUCUCUGAUGCCUCCGAUGUAGAUGAGGUGGACGAGGUCACUGAGGAUAGUAAUAGACGCCAUAUGGAGAUAAGGCGCAAGAAACAUCGCCGGUCGAUGCUAAAUACUGUCUCCAAGAAUUUUCUUCUUGGUUGA